CGAUCUACCUAUCUCAUCUUCCUGCUUCUCUUUCCUCUCACGUGUGUUCUUGUCACUCUAUCUUUGUCAGUGGAUUAUGUGCGCCUUGGUCUGGCGCCAGACACUCGCAGCUGGAGUUAACCGCUUGGUGUCAUCCGCUGUCGUAGUUGCGUGGCCUUCUUAAGGAUGGCUAGCCAACUGAUGGGCGAUGCCCUUCAUCAAAUUAUCCGGAGAGCUGCGGACUCCGAAUCCGAUCCUGAAGAAGAUGCUCCGGAAGCUGGCACCAAGGAGUUCUUCAGCUCUUGGGCGCUCUUUAUUCUGAUUAUGCUCUUGAUGUUCGCGCUAUUCACCAGUUACAUUCUCCAACAGAAGAAGAUCCAGGCGGUCCAUGAAACUGUCCUCUCUAUUUUUGCUGGUAUGUUUGUCGGAUUAAUCAUUCGGUUGAGCCCCGAAUCGCCCAUUCAGGACAGCGUCACAUUCGACUAUCAGUUCUUCUUUAACCUCCUUCUUCCUCCAAUUAUCCUCGCCUCGGGGUACGAGCUACACCAGGCAAAUUUUUUUCGAAAUAUUGGCACUAUUCUUACCUUUGCAUUUGCGGGGACCUUUAUCUCGGCUAUCGUGCUGGGACUUGUUUUGUUUGUCUGGACGCGGAUUCCGUUGGAUGGCUUGAACAUCUCUUUCGUCGAAGCUAUCUCUGUAGGCGCUACGCUCUCUGCGACGGAUCCAGUUACUAUCCUCGCCAUUUUUAACCUAUACAAAGUCGAGCCGAAGCUUUACACCGUUAUCUUCGGCGAGUCGAUCUUGAAUGAUGCAAUUGCAAUUGUCUUGUUUGAGACCGCGCAGAAGUAUGCGGACAGCGAUGCAGGCUCCCUGACUGUUCUCAAUCUGUUUGAGGCCAUCGGUCUUUUCUUGCUUGUCUUCUUCGGCAGCAUGAUUGUAGGCAUGGUUGUAGGUAUCAUGACUGCAUUGGGUCUCAAGCAUACACACGUCCGCCGCGUGCCUAAGAUUGAGAGUUGCCUAAUUGUUCUUAUCGCAUAUGCCAGUUACUUCUUCUCCAACGGCGUUCGCCUUUCGGGCAUUGUCUCCCUUUUGUUUUGUGGCAUUACAUUAAAACAUUAUGCGUACUAUAACAUGUCGCGCCGAACUCAAUUAACGACGAAAUAUCUGUUCCAGGUGAUGGCACAAUUGUCAGAGAACUUUAUCUUCAUUUAUCUGGGUCUUGAUUUGCUUGUGCAGAGGAAUCUGCAGUUUAAGCCUCUUUUCAUCAUGGUCGCUGUUUUUGGCAUCUGCCUUGCCCGAUACCUCGCUGUGUUCCCGCUAUCCAAGGCGAUCAACUGGUUCAUUCGCUACAGGGCCCGUCGGCGCGGGAUGGAAGUGGCAGAUGAGUUGCCCUUCGCUUAUCAAGCGAUGCUCUUUUGGGCCGGGCUUCGUGGGGCUGUUGGCGUGGCGUUGGCCGCGGGCUUAACGGGCGUCAACGCGCCCGCACUGCGAGCUACGGUGCUUGUCGUUGUCGUACUGACAGUCAUAAUUUUUGGCGGCACCACAGCCCGGAUGCUAGAAAUCCUUGGCAUUAGAACUGGGGUCGUUGAGGAACUCGAAUCUGACGAUGAGUUUGACAUUGAAGUUACCAAUGGGGGAACGUAUUACAAACGAUCUGAUACUGCACUGGGGUAUACCCCCGCCGGACGGACUCGGCCAUCCCCUUGGACGGACCCGCCGCAAUCUAGUUCGGGCAAAGGCCGGAGACAUUCGCGUCUCUACUCCAAUGCGUACAGUCAGAGGGACACGCAAACAACCCGCGACCGUUCGUCCACAGCCACGCUACUUGGCGGCGGCACUGGAAGUCACAGUGACAGUGCGGGUAGCGAAGACGAGUUCGGUCUGCGGAGUAACGGUAAGGGCCGAGCGGCGGAUGUUGACCAAGUCGAUGCCUUUGAUAUGGACGUGGAUGAAGCACCCUCGGACGAUGAUCUUCCUCCUUCGGCCCCCACUGCUUCUCGACUUCGGCGGUCACCAUCGCAACCACCUCAGUAUCCGGGCUCGUCACAAGCAUCUCCUUCUGCCCAUGUGUCCCCCUCGGGGCGAGAGACAUCGCGGAGUGCCGGUCAAGCUAUCCGGGAUCUUUUUUCGGGAGGAUCAUCUGGAGAUCAUGGCGCGUGGUUCCGCCAACUGGAUGAGGACUACAUCAAACCCCGACUUUUGUUAGAUCAAUCGAAUCAUAAGGGACCGGGUGCUGUGUAA